AGGUGCUUCUUGACACUACUUCAGAUUAAAAGAGAAGACAACAACGACCUUCUUCUCUGACAUUUGAACAACUUUGCAACGGACUGGAGACCCAAACUUAAAACAUGACUCUUGAAGCCAUCAAAUACUCAAGGGGGAAACUAAGUAUUCUAGACCAGCUCCUUCUCCCAUUGCAAACAGAAUACAUAGAGGUUAAAAACACCAACGAUGGAUGGCAAGUUAUCAAGAAGAUGCAGGUAAGAGGAGCCCCAGCUAUAGCUAUUGUUGGAUGUCUGAGCCUGGCUGUUGAAAUGCUGAAAACAGACUUCACCUCAUCAGAGAAGCUGGGAAACUUUAUCUGUGAAAAACUUGACUAUCUUGUAACUGCAAGACCAACAGCAGUCAACAUGGGUUCCUCUGCUGUAUUGUUCAAACAGAGAGUUACCACACUGCUUGAAAAUGGAGACCUAGCUGUUGAAGACUUCAAAAUGACAAUCAUUAAAGAAAUUGAAAAAAUGCUUCUCUCUGACCGCAGUGACAAUAUUGCACUGGCAAAGUACGGUGCUGGAGACAUCAUGGAGCGCUGCUCACAUAAUAAAGCUUGUGUCCUCACACAUUGCAACACUGGUUCCCUGGCAACAGCAGGAUAUGGCACUGCUCUAGGUGUGAUUCGAGCUCUUCAUGAGGAUGGCAAUCUGGAUCAUGCUUACUGUACAGAAACUCGACCUUACAACCAGGGUGCUCGACUGACAGCCUAUGAACUUGUGUAUGAAAAAAUACCAGCCACUCUAAUAUGUGAUAGCAUGGCUGCCAUGCUGAUGGAGCGUAAGAAGAUAUCUGCAGUGGUUGUAGGAGCUGAUCGAGUAGUAGCUAAUGGGGACACAGCAAACAAGAUUGGGACCUACCAACUCGCCAUCAGUGCCAAGUAUCACAACGUGUUGUUCUAUGUUGCUUGUCCUACCACUUCAUAUGAUUCCAGUAAACAGACUGGAGCUGACAUAAUUAUUGAAGAGAGACCAGCUGAGGAGCUAACAAAAAUCCAAAAUGUACCUAUAGCUGCUCCAGGUAUACAUUGCUGGAAUCCUGCGUUUGAUGUCACACCAGCUGAACUCAUCACUGGGGGAAUCAUUACAGAACAUGGAGUAUUCAAGCCAUCAGAAUUGCAGAGCAAACUCGAACCAAUUUUAAACAAAACAGUCCUUUAGUACUGCAUUCCAUUUGUGUAUCAUUGUAAGGAUUCUAAGUUAACAGUAUAAACAGAAUUCUAUUUCGUACACAACUUUCAUAACAAAGUAUGCCCUGCCAUGCAUACAUGAGACAAUAGAAUAUGCAUGCGAACUAGAUACUGAACUUUGUAACUUUGAGCACGAGUCAAAUUGAUAUCAACUUAUUAAUUAAUAAGAUCUAAGUCAUGGACAUAGAAUAUCAUUUAUAUUCCAGUUCAUAGCACAAAUACAUCACCUAUUUUUAGCCCACCAUCUAAUAGAUAGUGGGUUAUUUUAAAUCGCCCUGCGUCCGUGGUCCGUCCGUCCGUCCGUAAACAAUUCUUUUUACCGCUAUUUCUGGAAAAGUACUGGAUGGAUCUUUCUCAAAUUUGAUAUGCAGGUUCCCCUUGGUCCCUAGUUGUGCAUUGUACCUUUUUUGAACUGAUUCGCAUUCAAGAUGGUCGACAGGCAGCCAUCUUGGAUUUUGGAAGUAAAAGUUUGUUACCACUAUUUCUGGAAAAGUACUGGAUGGAUCUUUCUCAAAUUUGAUAUGCAGUUUCCCCUUGGUCCCUAGUUGUGCAUUGUACCUUUUUUGAACUGAUUCGAAUUCAUGAUGGCCGACAGGCAGCCAUCUUGGAUUUUUGAUGUAAAAGUUUGUUACUGCUAUUUCUUGGAAAGUACUGGAUGGAUCUUUCUCAAAUUUCAUAUGCAGUUUCCCCUU